ACGAGACGGCCAGAGAACCAGAUUCCGUUCCCCUGAACCCGAUCGAGAUGGAGUCGGAAGCUGACAGAGCCGCGGCACCGGCGCCGGCGCCGGCAGUUGCCGCGGAGACCAGCGACGACGCCAUCCAGGAGGAGUCUCCAGCCACGGCCCCUUCCUCAGACGGAAAGCCCGGAUCAGGGGCGGCGGCGGCCCCGGCGCCGGAGGUGGAGGUGCAGCUGUUCCGGCGCGGGCGUCCGGUGGCAGUGUUCCGGUCGCAGCUGGGCGGGUAUACGCAGGACCAGCUGGAGGUGGGCGACGUCCUGGAGCAGCACGGCCUCAAGUCCGUCUUCGCCUUCGACCCUGCCGCCCGCAAACGCGGCGUCGCCAUCCGCUUCAACCCUCGCAACGGCCGCUCCCUCCUCCCCUACGCCCCUGGUUCCACGAUCUUCCUAGACGGCGAGCCCAAGGAUUCUUUGCUGAAGCCCAUCACGAAGAUGGUGAUUGGGGUCGCCGCUAUGACUGUGGUAGCUGCAGUCCUAUUGAAGGAGGCCAAGAUGCCCGAGUGGCUUCAGUCAUCCAAGCUGGGCGCCGUGAGCUUCCCACCAUGGGUGCUGGCUUGCAUGGUCAUCGUGUUCAUGAGGCUCCGGAAGAGAACCAUGGAUGCAAUGAAGAAGUUUGGCUGGGUCUCAUGAGGUAGCAACACUUUUACCUUUAUUUUGAGGAAAAUCUGAGUAUACUUAAAAGGCAGAUGCAGAGGCACAACCGCACAAGUUGUUGCCAUCAAAACUCUGUUGCUCUAAAAACUCAAGUUAAUUGAAUUGUAAUAAUUGCAGUCCAUAUGCCAAUAGGAGGUGAAAAAUUUGUUCUCAGGGUGAAUGUGUGAUAUAAAUUUCUGUGCAU